AUGGACCAACCGGAGUUCCCCAACAGCCAGUCACCCCGACGAGAGCUUCAGCUCCAAGGUCCUCGGCCGGCGCCACUCAGAGUACGUAAAGACUCUCACAAGAUCAGAAAACCUCCUGUGGCACCAACACAGCAGCAUCAGCCACAAGCUCAGCUCCGGCCACCGGUGAUAAUUUACACAGUCUCUCCCAAGGUAAUUCACACGGACCCUAGUGAGUUCAUGACUCUGGUGCAACGUCUCACCGGCCCAUCUCCGGUCACUUCAUCGUCUUCUUUUUUUCAAGACACCGCCGGUGUAAUAUCGCCGGCGGCUCGUUUUGCUUCCAUGGAAAAAGCUAAACCCCGGGAAGGGACGAAACCAGAAAAUGGUGAUAUGGGUAUGGUUGAAGGAAUAGAGAUAAGCAGUGUGGUCGAGAGAACGGUGUCGUUUCCGGGUAUUUUGUCACCUAAUCCGGCGUCUCUUCCGACUAUCCCACCGAACUUUUUCUCUCCACCGUCUGAUCCAAAUCCUCUGAGCUUCUUUCAGGAUUUAAGCCCUAUAUUACGAGGUAAUAAGAAUUAUAUAGAGGGUAGUUUCAUGCCUAGUCCAUAUUUUCUUUCACCUUCUAUGACUUCCCCAAUACCAUCUUUUGAUAUUUUCAACAAUUUCUUAGAUUUUUAAGCCUUUAGAACUAGAUAGAGAGGGCAGGGGAGGGG